AUGGAAGUGCUCAAGUGGCCGAUGAAAGACGAGCCGUGUGUCGCACCCGUCCACACGGGGCAUCUCGAGCGCAAGAAGCGGUUUACGAGAGCGUAUCAGGAGGCGUAUUUUGUGCUUACGCCCGCGGGGUUUUUGCAUGAGUUUGCGUCUAGCGAUGUGAGCGCUUCCGGGAGGGGCGCGGGUGUUGGAGGGGUUGGAACUGGCGCUGGGGCAGGUGGGAGAGGGGGGUUGACGCCCACGUUCAGCCUUUUCCUCCCGAGCUGUACAUUGGGCCCUCCAUCCUCGCCACGCGCACGCGCGCACAAGUUCUUAAUUGAAGGCCGAAAAGACGGCCUAGGCACAUCGCGCGCGAAAUCGGGCUCUCUCAAGUCCCUUCUCUCCUCCUCCUCUUCCACAUCAUCCGAUGCCAAGGCAUGGAGUUUUAGAGCGCGGAGUAGGGAUGAUAUGAUGGAGUGGUGGAAUGAUAUUAGGUUGUUGUGUGCGCGGUAUCUUGUGGCGAGCGAGAGUAUGGAAUCAGGGGCACUUGGGGUUGGGGGGAGGAGGGGCGGGCCGGUUGAGGAGGCUGUGAGGAGUGUGGGGUAUGUUAGCGAUGAGGUUUAUGAGGAGGAUGAGGAGGGGGUUAGUGAUGAGGAGGAGGAGGAGGGGGUGGAUGGUGAGGUUGGGGUUGGGGUUGGGGUGGAUGGGGAGAGGGUGGGAAUUGAAGGGGGAAGGGAGAGGGAGAGAGGGAGGUAUAGACGCGUUGAAGUACAUGAUCGACAGGUGGAUAUGCCGGCGCCUGUGCAUGUGCAAUAUGAGGGGCAUGUGAAGGGAGGGGGAGGGGGAGGGGGAGCAGGGGGAGGAGGAGGAACAGGGGGAGCAGGGGAGGGUGUGGAUGUGGAUGCGCUUGGACCUGUGCUUUCCCAGUCUCAAUCUCAAUCUCAAUCUCAGACUCGAGGUCGGGACCGGGGCCGGGCACGUCAGGCUCAGGGUCGUGAGGCGGAUGAGGAUGGGGAUGAAGAGGGGGGAAGUUCGGUCGAAGAAGAAGAAGACGCCGACGACGAACUUCAACACCGCUACGCACCCGGUCCUGUACCCGUUUCACCGAUGGGACGUCCAUCUUCUACGAGUGUAGGGUUCGGUAAAGCUUACGAAGCCGCUCACGAGAGAGCGCAGGGUGAGGAGGGAGAUGGGGAGGAAGGGGAGGGAGAGGGAGAGGGUGCGCCGCCUGUUUAUACGCAUCCUACGGGGGACACGUUGGUCGCUGGGGCGGGGAGUUUGAAGGGUUAUGAGAAGGGAGGGUAUGGAGGGAACGGGGGGAAUGGGGAGAGGGGUGGGAUGGAGGGGUAUGAGAAGGGGGGUGGACAUUUGGACGAUUUUUACUUUCUACUUUCUAUUUUAUUCUAUUCUAUUCAUUUGCGCUUUGCGCUUUGCGAUCCAAUUUUCUCCCUUGGCUCCUCGUCUCCUCCUGCUUUCCUGCUUUCCCUCCCUCCAUCCUUUUUUGCAUCCAUCCCAAUCAAAAUUGCGUCAUCGUCAUCGUCAUCGUCAUUCUCUACCGCUCCUCCGUCUUGGUCUUUUUUGUGUUGGGUGAUGCGAUGCGAUGCGAUGUGGUGGGCGGGUGUGGUGGGCGGUUGGGGUGGGAGGGUGAGGUGGGGUUGGUUGAGGUUGGUGUGGAGCGGGGGAUUGGUGAGGAGAAGCGGGGGACUGGUGAAGAGCGGGGGAUUGGUGAAGAACGGGGGAGAGCGAGAGUUGGACGAGCGCUCAGUAGGAGGGGAGGGGGAGGAAAUGAAUGGGCAGAGAGACACUUCAAAAGAAAAAGAUACAUUCGAAAUUCGAAUUCGAUUCUCAGAAAUAUGUCUAUUAUCCAUCGUGAACCAGCGCGAAAAGUAUCCCGCGCAAGCAAACGAGCUACAUAACCCCAACGCAAACGUGAACACAAACGCGCUCUAUAAAUCAAACGCGCUCAAUAACGCAAACGAAAACGCGAACGCGAACGCGAACGCGAACGCGAACGCGAACAUAAACAUAAACGAGCAGGAUGUGGAUGAGAAUAUAAAGUACAGACAACCCCUCUUCGCACACGCCGCGCCAGAGUACGUCGUGCCCCCGCGCGACGCGGACGAGGUUAGGAGUUUGCACGCGAGUGUGAAUGGGAUUGUUGUGGGGGGCGUUGAAGGGUAUGAUACGGGGUAUGUGCGUGGUGUUGACGGUGGAGGAGGUGGUGGUGUGGAUAGAGAUGGAGGUAGAGAUGAGCCGGCGCAUGGUGAUGAUGGUGAGGGUGAGGGGUACGGUGACAGCGAUGGCGCUGGUACUGGUGUUGGUGUCGGUACUGGUGUUGGAGAUGGUGGAGAAGGAGGGAGGAAGGUACAAAGAAGGUUAAGUCAGCGCCAGAUGGAGAAGCGGCGUGAGGUGUCUGGGUCCGGUGCGGGUGAAGCGACGCCGCCGCCGCCUAUUAGGAUGCCGGAGCACGUCCACCCAACCGCAAACGCAAACGCAAGCGGUAAUGGUAAUGGUAAUGCAGGAGAACGCCAGCGAACUUCGCAGCCCGCGUCGCGCGCUUCGUCGCGCCCCGUCUCUGAAGACGCCUUGUCGCGCCCCGUCUCUGGAGCUUACUCCCAACCGCAAUCCCAACCACAACCGCAACCGCAAUCCCAGCCACCAUCGCGCAGCAGCCGACCAAGUUCAGGGAUAGGUAUAGGUAUAAUGGGCAUGGGAUGGCUCGCAGCUAUGAACCCCAUCCCCUCCGUCCCCGCGUCAGAGCCAACUAAACCCCCCGCGCGGCGCGUCGUCUCGACUGACUCCAGCGCUCUCCCAGGCACAAGCAAAGACAAAGACGCGCGCGCGCCGAGUCGGCAUCGAUCGCCUCCUCCGCCUCAGCGUGGGUCUUUGGGGCCUGAUGAGGACAAUGAAAAUGAAGAUGAGGUAGAAAGGGGGGGUGGGGGUGGGGAGACGCAUGUGGACGACACGCACACGCAUACGCAGUCCGAGGAGGAAGAGGAUGACCCGGAGAAAGCGAAGCUGCGUGAAGAGCCGGACCAUUCGACUGCUAGCGAGGGCGCUGGUGCGGGAGGUACGGUUUUGAGUGCCGGCGCGGGGGGUGAGCCGAUGCGGGGGACGGGGACGGGGCCUGUGGGCGGUGAUGUCUCUGCUGGCGGUGCUGGUGCUGCUGCUGCUGCUGGGGGAGGUGGGAAGAAGAAGAAGAAGAGUAAGAAGGGGAAGGGCGGGAAAGGUGCUUCUGCUCCUGCUCCUACUACAUCUGCAUCAGCGGCGGACCAGGCGCCUGCGUCUGCAGCUACUCCGUCACCCGCACCCGACUCGAAAGAGAAAGAGAGGGAGAAAGAGAAAGAGAAAAAGGGUAGCGGUGGAGGAGGAGGAGGCGGGGUAGGAUGGAUGGGUGGGAUCGCACAGAGUGUUGGGAACGUUAUCAAAGGUACCACUGGGACCGGUGGAAGUGGUACCAAGACCCCGCAGGGAAAGGUCGCUGCGUAA